GAUUUCCAUUCUGAUCAGUGGACAAGGAGACUAACCUGUCAAAAAUGGCUGAUUUGACCAAGACAGAAGAACAGGAAGCAGAGAAGAAUUUGGAUGAAGAAGUGGAGAAAACGCCUGGUACUUCAGAGGCAGAUUCAGGAAUCGGUCAGGAAGGUGACAGUUCAACUUCAGGUACAGUGCACUCCACUGAAAAUGAAAAAGAAGUUGAUAGUGGUGAUCAGGACGGCGGAGCAAAAAGGAAGAAUUUAGAUACUGAAGAUGAAACUCCUAAGAAAGUACGUGAGACAGGCCAUGGACAAGCUGUCGCUGCACAUUAUAAUGAACUUCAAGAAGUUGGAUUGGAAAAACGUAGCCAGUCUCGCAUAUUCUACCUCCGAAACUUUAAUAAUUGGACAAAGAGUGUCCUCAUUGGUGAAUUUAUAGACCGGGUACGACGGAAAAAGAAUGAUAUAACUGUUUUGGAUCUAGGAUGUGGCAAAGGUGGAGACUUACUGAAAUGGAAAAAAGGCAGAAUUAAGAAACUUGUCUGUACUGAUAUUGCUGACAUUUCUGUGCAACAGUGCAAGCAGCGAUAUGAAGACAUGAAAGCCCGAUGUCGUUAUAAUGAACAUAUUUUUGAUGCAGAAUUUAUACAAGCAGAUAGUACCAAGGAUCUCUUGUCUUCCAAAUAUAAUGAUCCAGAUACACGCUUUGACAUUUGCAGCUGUCAAUUUGUUUACCAUUACUCAUUUGAGACAUACGAGCAGGCUGACAUGAUGCUUAAAAAUGCUUGUGGGAACCUCUCUCCUGGAGGGUAUUUCAUUGGCACAACUCCAAAUAGUUUUGAACUUGUAAAACGACUUGAAGCUUCAGAAACAAAUUCAUUUGGGAAUGACGUGUACAGUGUAAAAUUUGAGAAGAAGGGAGAAUAUCCCUUGUUUGGCUGCAAGUAUGAUUUCCACUUGGAAGAAGUGGUUGAUGUCCCUGAGUUCUUGGUUUACUUUCCAUUACUGGAAGAAAUGGCGAAGAAGCAUGGUAUGAAACUAGUCUACAAAAUGACAUUUCGGGAAUUCUAUGAAGAAAAAGUCAAGAAUGAGGAGCAUAAAAUGCUGUUAAGGAGAAUGCAGGCUUUGGAGCCAUAUUCUACAUUUGGUGAUUCCAGGCUUGUUUCUGAUAAACCUGAUGAUUAUGAGCAUGCAAAAGAGUUCAUCAAAGAAAGCAAGGCAAAGUUACCAUUGGGAACUUUGAGUAAGUCUGAAUGGGAAGCAACAAGUAUUUACUUGGUAUUUGCAUUUGAGAAGCAACUGUGAAACUUGACGUUCUGGAUGAGGCAAGAAGAGAUCAUAUCCAUGUGCAAGCUGGAAUGGUCAGAAAUCCAUCGUGGCAACUAUUUUUUUAAUUUUUAUUUUUUAAUUAUCAGAAGUGUGCAGGACACUACCAAAAACUAUAGCAAGCUCAUGAUUCUGAGUUACAUUGCCUGUCUGUGACAGAUGGACUUGUGUGUGUAUAUAUAAGAAAGAUUCUGAACCAGUCUUUUUAAGCAUUUGUAAGCGACCUGCAUGCUCUCAAAACUCAUGUUUGAACUUGACACAACUUUAUGUUAGAAACAGGCGUUUUGUUUGUAGAAGUAUGUUUGUGAUUACAAGCCUGACCCUGCACUUUCUGAAAUUGGUGGAAAAAUGGCUGCUGACUUUGAUGGUGCAGAAUGAGGGCAUAAAUAUUGUACUGCAGAGCUCAGUUAAUUCCUGAUGAGAUAUAUUCAAACAUAAUAGGGUAUGUCUACAUUGCAUGAAGAGCCAAGUGGCAAAUAAUACCUGAGUCAGUCUGGGUACUUCUGUGCUGUACUCAAGCCUGCAGUGUAAAUCUACCUUGGUUGUAUUCAAGGUGUAGCUUACAUGAGGAAGUCCCAUGAUGUUCUUGCUUUCCGUGCUUGCUGAUACGUAGUGUCACUUCAUGGUGCUUUCAAGAUGAAACGAGUUUGUUCUGUACAAAACUGCUCUGAAAGAAGUUCUAAAGUUUCUAAAGUUUUAAAUCUGUGGUGUUUUUCCAAAUAUGACUAUGUGGUAAUCGGUAACAGCUGC